GCCUCGGCGCGGAACGAAAUGGCGGCGGGCGCGGGGCGCGUCCGGGAGGAGCCGCGGGCCUCGGGCCCAGCCGGCGCGGAGUGAGCCCGGGGCCAGCGGGCCUGUGAUAGGGUGAAGAACAGUCAGUCUGGAAAGCCAUCUGUUGGCCUGGUUUUCCUGAAAGUUGGGUGUCAUCAACAACAUUGACCAUGGCAGAAGAGCGUGAGGGCAAACAGCAAAGUCAGAAAAAAGUGAGCCAGAUCUAUCAGAGCUCAGCGCAUUCCCAGUCUCUGCUGGAUGGACUGGUUGCACUCCGGAACAGCGCAAGUCUGUUUGAUGUUAUACUGAUCGUAGAGGGCAAGUCCAUUGAAGCUCACCGCAUACUUCUAGCAGCAUCGUGUGACUAUUUUAGGGGGAUGUUUGCUGGUGGACUGCGGGAGAUGCAGGAGAAGGAGAUAUUUUUACAUGACAUAUCCUAUAUGGUCAUGUGCAAAAUUUUGGACUUUAUUUACACUUCUAAGAUGGAGCUGAACCUGGACAAUGUGCAGGAUGUGCUGGUGGCUGCUUGUCAGCUACAGAUCCCAGAGGUAAUCGAUUUCUGCUGUGACUUCCUCAUUUCCUGGAUCGAUGACGAUAACAUUCUUGAGCUGUACAGACUGGCUGAGCACUACAGUCUAGCCCAGCUGAGUGAGAGAAUCGACUUGUACAUCCUGGAAAACUUCCUGAGUUUCAGCAAGACAGAGACCUACCGCCGAUUGCCCCUGGCCAAGGUGCAGAGCCUGCUGAGCAGCGACAAGCUGCAUGCAAACUCCGAGAAUGAUGUGUAUGAAGCUGCCUUGCUUUACCACUACACCCAGGAGGAGAUUGAGAGAGACCAGGUCUCCUUGCAUGACCCACCAAAGCUGCUGGAGAUGGUCCGCUUUGCACUGAUUGAGCAGCAGACAUUUCAGAAACUAUACAAUCGCCUGAGCCCUUGUCCUCUUAAGGAGGUCCUAGCAGAUGCCUUGGCCUACCACCAGAAUGAGAUUCUCCAGCCUGUGCUGCAGACCCCACAGACACAGUUGAGGUCAGAAUUCCAAUGCGUGGUGGGAUUUGGAGGGAUGUACUCGUCCCAGGAUGAAGACUUGAGUGAUGAGGUCAAGUUUCUGAACCCACUGAGCCAGGAAUGGCGAACUUUAACCCAGGCGCAGAUGCCAAAGAUGUCAAACCAGGGCAUUGCUGUUUUAAAUAACUUUGCUUAUCUUGUGGGUGGGGACAACAACACAGCAGGGUACAGAGCAGAGGUGAGCUGCUGGAGGUAUGAUCCCCGGCACAACAGGUGGAUUAGAAUCCAGUCGCUGCAACAGCCACACGCUGACCAUUGUGUGUGUGUAGUGGGCGAGUAUCUAUAUGCCAUUGGAGGCCGAGACUAUCACCAGGAAUUAAAUGUGGUGGAGCGCUAUGACCCCCGGUUAAAUUCUUGGGAAUAUGUGGCACCGCUGAAAAAAGAGGUAUACGCCCAUGCUGGAGCAGUACUUGCUGGGAAGAUAUACAUAGCCUGUGGGAGAAGUGGCAGAAAUUACUUGAAGGAGCUGCACUGUUACCACCCAGAGUCAAACCAUUGGGAAGCAAAGGCUGAUGCCCCAGUGGAACGAGCCUGGCAUGGAAUGGCUGCAGUCCAAGGCCAACUUUACCUUCUGGGUGGCAGUAACAAUGCCAAUGGAUACAGGCAGGAUGUGAUGCAGGUUUCCUGUUACAACGUUGAGCGGGACCAGUGGUCGACAGUGUCUGAAAUGCCCUUUGGCCAUGGGGAGCCAGGCAUCGCCACCCUGGGUGACAAAAUAUACGUCCUGGGUGGGAGGUCACAUGACCGGUACACACGCACGGACUAUGUCCACAUAUACAACGUGACAGAUCGAUGCUGGGAGGAAGCCCCUGACAUUGAAUGUGCCAACUCGGGCAUGUCCUGCUGUGUCCUUACUCUCCCGAGGAGGCUGGUGGAGGACCAGACAAAUCCCAUGCCACGAAAGCCAGCCCAGCGAGCUUGCCGCCGCCGUGCCUACAUGCUUCCUGAAGUGGUUGGGCUUUCUGACUUUGAGGAGCUCAGUUCCAGCGAAGACUGAGCCUAGGUGAGGGAGCCCAGACUGUUAAACGCUCUGUCCCUAUGGAUGUUCACCAUGCCCUUUUGUUUUUCCCUCUCUGCUCCUGAACGGUGUGGGUUGUCUUCACGCUUCGUAGACUUGCCUGCUGAGUGAGGUUAGUCUGCAGGCAUACAUAUGCCCCUCUCCCUGCCUCACCCCCACCAUUACCCUGUUGAAGCGGCCAUUCCUCAGCAGCUAAGUCUGUUCAGCAAGAGCUGACAGAACGCAGGAGCACAGGGAGAUCGUUGCAUCUGAACCCGCUUCAGUCAUCCUGCUGGUUUGCACAUACUUCAGCAGGGAUCGUGAAUUCAUCUCCUCUCCCAGCAUGACUGCGGAAACUAAUCGCCAGCUUCAAGACUCAGAAUUCUAAAUGCAGCCGAGGAAUGCUCCCAGGACCACGUGCGUGGUUUUCAGCGCAUCACUGAGGAGACGCACUGCAUGGGUGGAUUUAGGAAGUUCCGCUGCAGGCUAACCAACAUUUUCCUCUGCAUUGUCACCGCUCCCUUGUGCUUCCUUCCCACUCCCAUUCGCUUAUUCUGCUUUGGGUGGUACUUCUGAAGCAUCUCCCUGCAUUUUCAGCGUGUUGAAAGUAAAACUCAUUCCAUGCUCUCUUGUUAUUGCCCCAUGCCCCAAAUUAUGGAGUUCUUUCUCUUCUCCCCCUCCCCACCACCCACCCUCCCACAAUUACAAAAUCCCAAACUAGGUAUCUCCAUACUGACCGUGGCACAGCACUAGCACUUUUACCCCGAGUGAUAAGCUGGUGGGUUCAAGUCCCACUCCAAAGAGUGCUCAGACUCCAUGUACAGCACAAGAAGAAUGUUGCAGCCAGAGAGGGCCAUUUGCCCAGCUGGAUCAAGGCUUGUCCUCGGGACAGGAUGUACCAUUCACCUUGCAGAUAGACGGGAGUGAUCCAUGGCUACUUCCAGGAGCAGGGGAAUCGCUCCCAGUGUUAUGGGCCACGUUCUUGCUUGUAACUGGAAGUUUGCCCCUCGGUGCACUGAACACAUACUGUGUGCAGCAAUGACUUCCAUUCUGACACCAAGUAAACGUCAGCCACUGUGAGGUGAGUUUGUGCGUGGGAAUGCCUGGGCCACUUCCCCAGUGGUCACUGGUCGGGGAACGAUCACCAGCACCCUUUGUGCAUCAGGAAUGUGCUAGAGAGACCAAUCUCUAGGUGGUGAUUUGGUGAUGAUCACAUUGCUGUUUCUGGGAGCUUGCUGCAUUUCACAGUGUAUCUCACUGGCUGUACAGUGGUUUGGAGAUUUUAUUACAUACGAUAUAAAUGCAGGGUUUUUUAUUUAAUUGAUUUUAUUUUUUAUACUCCACUCCUCUGAGGAGGGCUGCACUUUACACAAUGGGCCAUCAUCUGGUUUUCCAAUGAAUUAGCAGUGGUGAGAUUGGGGACCUGCACUUGGCAGUGUUUAACGGACCCAGUUCCCCUACCGUAGCCUCUAAACAUGAGAGAACAUUCUAACUGCCCUUGAUGCUCACUUUCAAAGUUUAUAGCCGUUGAUGCAGAGUUAGCGUCACUUGCGUCUCCUCCUAUGGCUCAGUGUCUCUUUGCCUUGUAUCUGUGAAGUGCCUCGGGAUGUGCUUCCGCAGUCAAGGUGUCAUAUAAAUGCAUAUUACCAAGGUCUGUUGUAUUUUACACUUAAUUUAUUGACAUUAAACUGCUUCUGAUCAGUGAGUGCACCACUCACACUCACUUCAUUUUUAAAAUUUGUACUGUCCAUGAGUGACCCCAAGGUAGAAAUCUUCAGCACCUCCUUGCAAACACAGCAGCUUUCCUGGAUCUUUCAAGAUUGGUAAUGAAUUUAAUGUGCACCUCACCUUCAUGGUGCUGCAAGCCAAGCCUGUGAAGCAACCAACAGGCUGUUCGCCAGUCAAAGUCUGGUGCAUUCCUGCCAAGAAACAAUUGAUUGCAUGAACAUUAGAGAUAUUUGCCAAAAUUCCUGAUGCAGCGUCUCAACUGGAUACGUCGACAAUUCCUUUCACCUCCAUAGACGCUGCUCGACCCGCUGAGUUCCUCCAGCAGAUUGUUUGCAGCUGCAGUCUCGUGUCUGCUGGCCGAUCCAGAGAAAGCAUCAUCAGUGAGAAAGGCUUGUAUGAACCCAGGAAAAGUGCCUCAGGUCCGUGUAUGUUUGAAAUGCUGCAUGUUAUUUCCUUGGAUAGAGUUUGUUAACAUUUAUCAAGGAUUAACCUGGCAAUGAGGUCUUGAAGAUAACUGGAAGUUUGAUCGAAAUCAUCAAAUCAUGACGCUUUUGCUGGGAGUUUACACUCCAUCGUCCAGAGCAUUGAAGUUUCAUAAAAUUAAAAACCGCACUCGUAAUUAAUUUCAAAGUGUAACCUUUCCGCUGCAUGAAAUCCAAUAAAACUUUGUACGUUUGCGUAGA